UAUUCUAUCUCUGAUUUUUAUCUGCGGAAGCAGCAAAAACCCUAGUGAUGGUUGCCAUUGAUUGAAGAUGAAGCUCGCUCAGGUCUCUUCGUCUCAGUCAAGAGCUUCGCUUUGCUCUCUACAUGGAGUGCCUAAGUUGCCCUCUUCUUACUCCUUUGGAGCUCGUAAAGGUGUUGCCUUUAAUUCAAGGCCACUCUCAGUGUGUCGUUUUUGUAGAACAGGACGUCAGAGCAAAGUAGCUGCUGGUGGCAUUGGGGUAUCAGCAAUGAGGACUGCCUGCUGCACUGGGUUCGGCAGCUUUCAUCAUAAAGCAGUAGAAAUGGUGUCAUUGAGAAAGAUGCGUGGAAAGAUGUUUUUGAGGGCCUUUUCAACAUGGACCUCACCGAUGAUAUCUACGAAUUUUUCUCUGGUGAUGCAUUCCCCAUCAUCACUUGCGUUGGUUACCCGGGUUGCGCUAUCGGAUGCUCCCCAGCGUUCAGAGGAGUGGUUUGCCUUGCGGCGAAACAAGCUGACUACAAGCACCUUCAGCACCGCAUUGGGAUUUUGGAAAGGAAACCGUCGACCUGAGCUCUGGCAUGAGAAGGUAUUUGAUUCACAGAAAGAAUUCGCGCAAGCUUCUAAGAAUGCCAUGCAAUGGGGUGUGGUCAAUGAAGAGGUGGCCAUAGAGCGGUACAAAAGCAUCACAGGUCGUGAAGUCGGUACAUAUGGAUUUGCAUCCCAUGGAGAGGAGAGGUUUGAUUGGCUUGGUGCCUCCCCUGAUGGUCUGCUUGAUUGCUUUCAGGGUGGUGGUAUCCUGGAGGUCAAGUGUCCUUAUAACAAGGGAAAACCGGAGCAGGGUCUGCCCUGGUCAAUGAUACCUUUCUAUUACAUGCCUCAGGUGCAGGGUCAAAUGGAGAUAAUGGAUAGAGAUUGGGUUGAUUUAUAUUGCUGGACACCAAAUGGAAGCACAAUAUUCCGUGUGUGCAGAGACCGUAGUUACUGGGACUUGAUGCAUGGAAUUCUAAGGGAAUUUUGGUGGGAAAAUGUGAUUCCUGCUAAGGAGGCUCUUUUGCUGGGUAAUGAAGAAAAGGCCAGGGAGUAUAUGCCAACUUCCACUCACAAAAAAACAGGCCUUGCAAUCGUUAAGAGCUUAGAGUUAGCAAGAGAAUCAAAGUUGCUGUGUAGGGAGAUUGCCGGUCACAUCGAGUUUUACUAGCGACCAAUGGCCACUAGCAAAACUGUUCAGGGUGAGUAACCCUCAUUUUGUAUGUGUCAAUUGAAUUGUAAUAUACAUCGGUUCCAAUGUAUUCGAUGAUUUAGAUCUCAUCUUA